GCGGCGGAAGUGCUUCUCUGCUCCUGCCACUGGAUUAUGGAGACUGUGGCACUGUGAAUCCGGUGUGCCGAUUGCAGGGGCAGUGGCCAUGGAGGCCGUGCUUAACGACCUAGUAUCUGUGGAAGAUCUGAAGAAGUUUGAAAAGAAAUUUCAGUCUGAGCAGGCAGCAGGCUCGGUGUCCAAAAGCACGAAGUUUGAGUACGCCUGGUGCCUGGUGCGGAGCAAGUACAAUGAUGACAUCCGUAAAGGCAUCACACUGCUGGAGGAGCUGCUGCCUAAAGGGAGCAAAGAGGAACAACGAGAUUAUGUCUUCUACCUGGCUGUGGGGAACUACCGGCUCAAGGAAUAUGAAAAGGCUCUAAAGUACGUGCGAGGGCUGCUGCAAACAGAGCCCCAGAACAACCAGGCCAAGGAACUGGAACGGCUCAUUGACAAGGCCAUGAAGAAAGAUGGACUAGUAGGCAUGGCUAUCGUUGGUGGCAUGGCCCUGGGUGUGGCAGGACUGGCUGGGCUCAUCGGACUGGCUGUGUCCAAGUCCAAAUCCUGAAGGAAAACCGCACUUCUCUGCUCGGAACACCUGGGAGCCCGUGGGGGACACUUGAAGAAGGGCCUGUCCGUUCUUGCCGGCCCUUCCCUGUUCUUCACCUGCACCCUGUUAUUAUCCUGUAUGGCCUUCAACCUCCUCUCCCCUGAGACCUGUUGUUUAGCCCCAAGUCAUGUGCUUUGAGAUGAGUGUAAAUAAAAUUGGGCUCUGGCUUGGGAA